UCUCUUCCCCCACAAAAGCAAAAAACUGUGAACCACACACACUCAAAAAAAGCUUCAGAGCUUUGAAGUUAGAGAGAGAGAGAGAGAGAGAGAGCAGAAUUAUCAUUAUCCAAAAACACAAAAAUGAAAGGCGUAGAUAUGUUGUGCGCCUCCCAAGCCUCCACCGCCGUCUGCCUUCCACUCCCCACCACGGCGGCGGCGGCGGAUCAACCUUCCUCCUCCCCUCUCCAACCCGGCGCCGGCGCCGCCAUCGACCGCCACAACCCCAUCAUCUCCGGCGGAAGAAGAAUCACUUCCAGAAUAGCUACUACUUUCCCCAAUCCUCCGUGCUCUUCCCAGUACUCCCCCAUCAACCCCCUCCCCUACCACCACCUCCACGCCUCCCCCGCCGCCGCCGCCGCCGCAACUCAAGACCCUCUCAACAAGAUCAAGAAGAAGAAGAAGACCUCCAUUAUUACCACUGAUUUAGUAAGGUGGAGUUGUGCCAAGCCCAGUGAUUUGGCAACACCUCCUGGCUCGAUGCGGUACCUACUGAACGAUAAGUCGUUUCGUGAUGGUUCGAUGGAUCGGCUUUCCAAAUCAAUUCUUCAAAGUGAGAGUCACCUAAAGGUUACUUCAAGUAUAGAAAACAACCGAGACGAAUCCAAGUCGACGAUAGAGAUUUCAGAGGCCAAAACACCUUCACCAUCCAACCAGGUUGUGGUUUUGAGGGUAUCAUUACAUUGCAGAGGCUGUGAAGGAAAACUGAGGAAACAUCUUUCUAAAAUGGAAGGGGUAAACUCAUUCAACAUAGACUUUGCAGCAAAAAUGGUGACAAUAAUGGGAAAUAUUACACCACAAGGUGUGUUGGAAAGUGUUUCAAAGGUGAAAAAUGCCCAAUUUUGGCCAACUUCAGAUCCCCUUCAAAAUCUCAAUCUUAAUCCACACCAAAAAAAUAUGUUGAAAAACUUCUGAUAACCAUUUUAUUUUUAGUUUUUCUAUUUUUUAAAUUGAGU